UUAGAUGAAAGCUUCCCCCUUUCAUAGCCCGUCCCUCUCAGCCCGGGCCCCCACCCCUAGAAGACAGAGGAACUGAGAAGAGGCCCGAGGACAGAAAAAACAUGUCUGACUCUCUGGUGGUGUGUGAAGUGGACCCGGAGCUAAAAGAAACACUGAGGAAAUUCCGUUUCCGUAAAGAGACCAACAACGCUGCCAUCAUAAUGAAAGUGGACAAAGACCGGCAGAUGGUGGUACUGGAGGACGAAUUCCAGAAUGUUUCCCCAGAGGAACUUAAGUUGGAGUUGCCAGAGAGACAGCCCAGGUUUGUGGUCUACAGCUACAAGUAUGUGCACGACGAUGGAAGGGUGUCCUACCCUCUGUGCUUCAUCUUCUCCAGCCCCGUGGGCUGCAAGCCUGAACAGCAGAUGAUGUACGCGGGAAGUAAAAACAGGCUGGUGCAGACCGCGGAGCUUACAAAGGUGUUUGAAAUCCGCACCACAGACGACCUCACCGAGACCUGGCUUAAGGAAAAGUUAGCUUUCUUUCGUUGACCUUUGAGCCGAGGAUUUGGAAUCCUUACUUCUGAAGACUCAGACUGAUAGGAUAUGAACAGCCAAGAGCUAAAUAAAGGUUAAAAUUUCAGGAACUUA